AACGUAGUUAACAAAAAAAAAAUCAAAAUUUUUUUGUAUGAUAUUUAAAAAGAAAAUAAAAACAUUAAGUGAAUAUGCACUGUGGUACAUGUUAUAAAAAGUUUUCACUGAUGAGAACACGAAAACAGUGUUCAGAAUGUCGGCGAUAUUAUUGUAAAUAUUGUGUAAUGCGUAAAGCAAAUAAGCAUAUUAAUUGUGAAAAUUGUGCAGUUUUAACAUCAAGGCCUUUAAAUAAAACACAACUAUUAAAAUUAAAAGCAAAGGAUUUACAAGUUUAUUUAGCGAAUAAACAAGUAUCAACGAAAGGAUGUAUAGAAAAAGAAGAUUUAGUAAAUUUACUAUUGGCACAUGCAAAUGGUACCACCGAAACACCGACUGAAACAAAUUAUUCGGAUGAUCAAACAAAUCCUACACGACAAUUAUUUAAAAAUUUACGUUCGUUUUUUACAUCUACAUCGGAUGUAUCGAGUAAUUCACGUCCAGAAGCAAACAAUCCUACUACAGCAGCUGGUGCCCGAGUUCAAUUUCACGCACGUCCACCAUAUUAUAAUCCUCCGCCACCAAAUCUUGAGACAACAACUGAAACAACACCAUCUACACAGAAUGUAGACGUGCCAUUAUUAAAUGUUGCUGUUGUAUCGUCAGCUGAAGAAGCUAGAUCUGGUAGUGGUGAUGAUGUUUCCAAUGCAGAGAGUUCAUCAAUUAUUUUACCCUCACUUAUUACGGAUACACCAUCCCAACAGCUGCCACAUGAAGGUCCACAAAAUAAUUCUGAGAGUGAAACUGAUAGUGAUAUAAUUGUUACAACAAUUAGUAAUAAUAGUAAUUUAACAGCAUCAGAACGUGAUAUAAGUAAUUCAAAUGAAUCAUUUCAUAAUUUACAAUUAUCAGAUAUUAAGAAUCAACAGGCAUUACAUGAUUUAACAAUACAACAAUUAAAAUGUUUAUUAAUUAAGAAUCGGGUCGAUUUUAAAGGAUGUGUUGAAAAAGCUGAAUUAUUGGAACGUGUACAACGAUUAUGGAAUGAAUAUUAUCAAUCCAGAGAAGGAUUGGAAACACUUCCUAUAGACGAUUUAUGUAAGAUAUGUAUGGAUGCUCCAAUUGAAUGUGUGAUGUUAGAAUGUGGUCAUAUGGCCACAUGUACAUUGUGUGGUAAACAGUUAUCAGAAUGCCCUAUAUGUAGACAAUAUGUUGUUCGUGUUGUUCGUACUUUCCGUGCAUAAUAAAAAUAAAAAGAGAUUCUUUGUCAAAACUGUAAUCCC